AUGGCGUCAUUUAAGAUUCUGGCUGCUCCUGCAGUACUAUGGCUUAGUUCACUUCUAGCCCAGCCUGCCUGCGUUAAAGCGGACAACCCCAUCGUGCAGGACAUAUACACCACCGAUCCAGCGCCAUUUGUGUAUGAUGACCGUAUCUACCUCCUCACCGGCCACGAUGAAGACGGCUCUACCACAUACGACAUGCGGGACUGGCGCUUGUUUUCGUCGGCGGACGUUGUGAACUGGCAACACCACGGAGUCCCCAUGAGUCUGAGCACAUUUGAAUGGGCAGACCUGAACGCAUGGGCGGGCCAGAUCGUCCCUCGUAACAACAAGUUCUACGCCUAUGUCCCGAUUCGGCACGCGUCCACUGGUGGCAUGGCGAUUGGCGUGGGGGUGAGCGACAACAUAACGGGCCCAUACACCGACGCGAUCGGGAAGCCUCUGGUCGAGAAUUCCGAAAUCGACCCGACGGUCUACAUCGACGACGACGGCCAGGCCUACCUGUACUGGGGCAAUCCCGGGCUGUGGUAUGUCACGCUAAAUGAAGACAUGAUCUCGUACAGCGGCAGCAUCAACAAAGUCGACCUCACCGUUGAGGGGUUUGGCCCGCGCAGGGGCGAGUCCACUCGCGCUACUGCGUAUGAAGAGGGACCCUGGCUAUACAAACGGGGAGACAUCUACUACAUGGUGUACGCGGCGAACUGCUGCUCCGAGGACAUCGAGUAUGCAACCGCUCCCAGCGCCACCGGCCCCUGGACCUACAAGGGGAUUGUCAUGCCCACACAGGGAAAAAGCUUCACGAACCAUCCCGGGGUGAUUGAUUUCAAGGACCACUCCUACUUCUUCUACCACAACGGCGCGUUGACCGGCGGCUCGGGAUACACGCGGUCCGUCGCGGUGGAGAGUUUCGUCUAUAACUCUGACGGCACGAUCCCCGAGAUGAACAUGACCACAGAGGGUCCGGCGCAGAUUGGCACUCUCGACCCGUACGUGGUGCAGGAGGCAGAGACGAUUGCGUGGUCCGAGGGCAUCGAGACGGAGGUCUGCAGCGAGGGUGGACUGAAUGUCGCGUACAUCAACAAUGGGGACUACAUCAAAGUCAAGGGCGUCGCGUUUGGGAACGGGGCAGCGAAGUUUACGGCUCGUGUAGCGUCGAACACUGCUGGGGGUACUAUUGAAAUGCAUAUUGACAGCAAGACGGGCCCUGUCAUCGGCAGCUGCAAAGUUUCUAGCACCGGAGGCUGGCAGAGCUGGGAGAGCGUUGAAUGCCCCGUUAGCGGUUCUGAGGGGACUCACGAUCUGUUCCUGACUUUUGUGGGCGAUGGUAGUGAUUCUCUGUUCAAUUUCAACUGGUGGCAAUUCUCGCAGUAG